GUACCUAGGUAGGGCCCUACCCUUGGAGCUCUGUGGUUGCAGUCGACCAGCGAGCAGCCAGCACAUGCAUCACAUUCCGCGACACCAGGCGCCAAGAAGCUUGAGCCCCUCAGUCCACCAGCUUGUGGUGGACGCCCUCGUUUGUGGUUUUGUCUGUUAUUUUCUUUGUGUUGUCAGGUAUGUCCCAGGCACAACCUAUUUCUUCCGCACCCAAUCUGAUCAGACCCUUGGCAACUGUGAACUGUUGACUUGGACUUGUGCUGCUACAGACUUGACCCUCAAGAUGCCCUACCCCUUUGUCCUUCCUACGACCUCAGCCUUCUCGUACUCGUCAAGCUUUACCUGUGAAUCCCACCCCUCGCUCCCUCUCUCAGCCAGUACCCAACGUGGUGUCGUCCGAGAUGUGCUCAAGAAACACAAGCGAUCCUCCCCACAGUCGCAGAGCUCAAACCUGCCGACCAUUGUCUCUGCCAUUACGGGCUACCUCCCCUACCUUCUGGCCGUCGACUCGGGCCUAAACCACCGCACCAUCGGAAACGGCCUCGAGAUCUUCAGCAUUAUCCAGCGGUCCAAUGUGCCCCUUAACAUCGAGUGGCGGCCCUCGCUGGCUGACGUCUUCAUCCCAGGCAGGAAGGAGAACGCAAGGGUCAAGAUCCACAGCCUGGAGCAUGAGGUAGCCUUCGUGCUGGCCACCCUGGGCUACACAUACACCCUCCUGGCCCGCACAGCCCUACAGCCGCUCUUUUCCAUCACGACCACCGAGGACCUCUACGGCAUCGGCUCACAGCCCCGCCAGGCCUCCAUAACCACCGCCACGAAGCACCUACUCGACGCCGCCAGCGCCUAUGACUACCUCGCCCGCCGCGCCGAGCGGCCCCACAGCUCCCAGGUGUCCGCACCCCCCUGCGCGGACGUGUCAGCCGCCACGGCGCGGGCGCAGUGCGAGCUGGCCCUCGCCGAGGCGACCCUGCUCGCCGUGCUCAAGGACGACCCGUACCCGGCGGUUGUGGCGCAGGACCGGAACCAAAACGACAAGGAGUGGAUGUACAAGGCGCCGGACAUACCCAAGGUGCGGGCACACCUGUUUGCCAGGCUCUGUGUCGCCGCGGCGGAGCAUGCGGCCAAGGCGCACUCGCUUUGCGCGUCGCAGGGAGGAGGGGUGUCUGUUGGCGGCGGCGGCGGCGGUAUACGGUUCGGCAGCAAGAAGAACAAAGAGGAAGGGGACGAGGCAAGUGGCGGCGGGGGAGGAACCGCGGGGUCUGGAAAGCUGAAUGAGGGCUUCAUCAGGUAUCUCGAAGACCUCCGGCGCACGAGCAGGGCAAAAGCAUGCCGGUUCUUUGGCAUUGACGCCGAGCUGGGCGGGCAGACCGGCAACGCCAUUGGGUGGCUACAUGCUGCGUACCAGGAGCUGGGCGUCGAGGUAAAAGACCCAUCCAAAAAGUCCUCUGGGUUCGGCAGGCUCAAGAAGGAGUGGUCAGAGAAACGGGAGGACCGCCGGGUUGAGAAGGGCACGACAUGGGGCUCGGACGCUGGUAAGCUGGAGGAGACGCGUGUGAUUGAGAUGCUGGAGGCCAAAUGGGCCAAGCAAAAUGACACGAUAUUCACCCAGGCUAUUACCGCACCUGGCACUUUGCUGGCCCAGAUGCCUUCAGCGCGCGAGAUACACACGCUCAAGCCGUUCGAUGUGCCCGUCUUGGACAAUCUCACGUUGAACACGAUGCGCGCCCCACCGGACCGCAGCGACGAUUACGGGGACGAGAACAGCUCGGACGAGGAGACUGUUGUUGCCAGUAGGCAAGCUCCGGGCGCGUAUCCCGGAAGCGUAUCAUCAUAUUACUGAGUCCUACUGAGUUCUAGGGGGGUUGGCCGAAUUCUCGAAUUCUAGUAGAGUUUGAUCGAAAUCUAGAGGGGUUUCGUCCAAAGCUGCUCCUUGUGCCACACGUUCCAUCCUCUCCUUUGCCACGCGUUCCGUCUGCCGCCGUAUCUCCGCUUGGCGUGCCACGCGAUCCUUGAGUUCCCUCAGGUGGCGCUCGGUACACCUACACGACCACCACCUCGCUCCGCAGACGAAGCAGAACUCAGCGCCACACCGGCAGUGCAUGCGGCGGCAGAAGCUGGUGUGCUCGAUCAUGGUGCCACACUUCCAGCACCUCCUCCAGCCCUCCCGGUCGGCCAUCUGCGUCACGAGCUUCAGGUCUUGGUUUUCCUCGCAGUUGACCGGGUCAUUGUGUGCGGCGCCCAGGCACUUCCUGCAUGUAACGUGCCUCCGCUUGCAUCGCGCCCUGUCGAAUGGCUUGUCUUUUUCAUCAUCGGGGACGAAUAUCCCGCAGUCUGGCCAUGGACAGUAGUAGCGCUUGUGGGAAGGGACGCUGUACUCGAGCUUCUUUGCCUUGUAGACUUUGCGCAGGCCACGAGGGAUGUUCUUGAGGCACGUUGCCUCGUCGAUCGGCCCGCAGCAUUUGGGUGGCUAGCACGAUUCUGACUGGAGGGCGUUCAGGACGAGCUGGCGGAAGCAUCCUUUGCAGUAGGCGUGGCAGCUCAGCUUGACGGUUUUCCUGGCUGGCCGUUCUUCGUAGCAGGCCAGGCACUGGAAUUUCAUGACGAUAGGUGGUACGGAGGAUGAAGGACGGGGACGAGAGAAGACACGAAAGAAGAGAUGGCACCGGCAUACACCUAGAACGGGAGGCAGGAACCUGCUCGGGAUGUCAUGUCUUGAGAGGUUGGAAGGUACCACCUUGGGAGGUUCCCUCUUGACCGGGUAGGAAGAUGGCAGGGUAAGUGCUGG